GUUGUUAGUGUUGUGACAGACGAAUUUUGUGAUCUCUCAUAAUUUGUAAACACUUUAUUUUCAUUUUAUUUUGUAAUUUGCUUAGUUUAUUGUGAGAAUGGAGGAAUUGCUACCUUCAGAUGGCGGGCCAGGUCAUUUCCAGAAUCUGGCAGCCACACAAGAAGAGGAGGACGCGUUUGAUUUCGUCAAAUAUCGCAACUGCCAAAAGCCUAGCGGGGUGAUUGGCUCAACUGCCAACAUGAUCAAAGGCGCGCUAGGCGGAGGGAUCCUCGGUGGACACGUCGCGUACAUGAAAGCUGGAGUAUGGGUUGCCGCCCCUUUCCACAUCAUCUUCGGUGUAUACAUUGGAUAUUGCUUGCUACUACUCCUAUCCUGUGCUCAGAUCAUGAACAGGAGGACGCGAGUGCCAGUGCUUUCCUAUCCCGACGUGGGUGAGGCGGCCAUGCAGUGUUUUCCCAACAAGAAGGUGGCGAAGUAUUCCAAAAUUUUUAGAUACUCUAUAGACUUCGUAAUCUGUCUGGACCUGUUCGGCUCGUGUUCGGUGUACCAGAUCAUGAUCGCUAAAACCAUCAAGCAGCUAGCCGAGAACCAGCACCAUACGGGUUUGGAUGGCAUUGGUCCAGGCUACCCCAACCUGCGAGUGUACAUGACCGCGAUAAUCAUACCGGUCAUCUUGAUCUGCCUGAUCCUGCAUCUGAAGUGGCUGGCUCCUUUCUCCAUAGUCGCCGAUGUUAUUAUCGUCAUCUGCAUCUUCUUCGCCAUAUACUACGCGUUCGCUCUGAACCCUAACUUCGAGAAUAUGGUCCCAGCUACAACCCUCUACUCUUACUUCGAAUAUGUGGGCAUGAGUGUGUUUAGCAUGUCAAGUGCUGGGGUGGUGAUAGCUAUUGAGAAUAACAUGAAGGAACCGAAGAGGUUUCCGAUUGUGAUCAUCUCUGGCAUGGUUGUAAUCGUCAUGUGUAGUUUCUGUAUGUCUUUCUUCGGCUACGUCGCCUUUCUGGACAAGUGCGAGUCGCCGAUCACGCUCAACUUCCCUUUGAUCACAUGGAACAAAAUCCUGAAAUGUGGCAUCGCCAUCAUGAUCUACAUUACUCACGCGGUCAAUUUCUGGGUUCCCUUCAACACGGUCUUUUAUUAUCUUACACUCUACCACAAGACGAAUCUCCUGAGAUGGGAAUACUUCUACCGAGUACUAUUCGUCGUCAUCAUUGCCAUAAUUGCGAUCAUCUUUCCUAACAUCGACGCUCUUAUGGGCUUGCUCGGCGCGCUCUGCCUCUCUUGUAUGGCGUUCAUCUGGCCAAAUUUCAUCUACCUACUGAUAAUCUGGGAGAGGCCAGGCCUGGGCAAGUAUAAUUGGAGGUUCUGGAGAAGUAUGAUCAUGAUGUGUAUUGGAAUUUUCAUUCUGGUAGUAGGCUCAACUAUAAGCGGAAUUGAGCUUGUGUCUAUAUAUUUUUAAAGUCCGCAACUGGAGAUGUUAUGUAAUGA